AUGGGAAACGUGGACACCAAACUUCACUUCAGGAAAGCGGUGAUUCAGCUCACUACCAAAACUCAGGUCAGUCUCUCCAGAAAGAAGCAGCAAAAACACCAGAAACGUUUGUAAAGAGCGUCUGUUUGCGGUUUAACUCAAAGUUAGUGUACCAGAUGGUAGACUGAACCGCAGUCCAGAUGACAAAGUGAAAUGGAACAACAUGCAAAACACACAACAUUUGGAAAUUCAACAGUUUUUACUUGAUUCCCUUAAAAAAUAUAUCGUUUUAAUUUUCACCAACGUUUCAAAGUCACUGUAAACAAAGAUUUUUGAUGUUUUGAUCAUUUGACUCAUUUUAAUGUCUUAACAAAUGUCGUGAAAUUAUCUUUAAAUAACCUGUCGUUAUAAAAUUUGACUUAAAUAUGUUAGAUUUAAUUAGAUUUAGAGCAGGCAGCUGGAUUGUGUUUAUAUUGCAGGUGCAUUUAAGGUGGAACUAACCAGACACAGUUGAUAAGACGCCCCAGGCUGUUUUCCCCAGCCUGUUUCAAUGUGGAAUGAAGGAUUCAGCAGACACAAUAGCCCUUUAUACUGUCAGAUUAUUAUUUUUACCUACUCUGACCAUUGAUUAAUUCACCAUAUUGCUCUACUACCUGGAUGCAAACAAGCACAGAUGACAGAUAACCCUUUGUAGCAUGGCAUUAACAGACAUCUGCCACAGUCUGCAAACUGGUCUGACAUUGUUCACCCACAGACUCUGUGGUCCUGCACUCAGCUGUGUUUGAUAGAUUCUGCUCCAUUUAGAUUUUCUGAUUGGAGAGAAGGUUUGCAAGGCCAGGACGACGUCCAUUUGGACAAACAUGCUGCAAAUGCACGAAUCACAGGAAGUCAAGAACACACAAGAGCAGAAAGCUGCAAGAGAUGCCAAUAAAAAUAAAUAAAUGAAUUGCGAAUAUUAUUUUAAGAUGAAUAAAUAAGUAUCAUUUUGCUCUGAUAAUUAAAGGAAUAUUCCCCCCUCGUUUACAUCUGACUAUAUUUAGCAGUGGUAUCUUGAAUAAUUGAUGCAGCACACAGAAUCACAGCUGCUGCUCAGGUGGAGGUCAGCGCUCAGUGAGAGGGCUGCUCUGGUCUGAAAAUGACACUGUAGUCCUUAUAAACACAAUCUUGCAGAGACAGGGUGAUGUGUAUUUGUGUGUCCUCUCCUGCAGCCCGUAGAGGCCACAGACGACGCCUUCUGGGAUCAGUUCUGGGCCGACACCUCCACAAACGUGCAGGAUGUUUUCGCUCUGGUGCCGGCAGCAGAAAUCAGAGCAGUCAGAGAGGAGUCUCCGUCAAACCUGGCAACCCUCUGCUACAAGGUAACCUGGACUCGGGUCUUGGAGACAGUGAGAGUCUUAGGGAUGCUGCUGUUUGCUCUUCUAACUGUUAACUGUCACACACCAUCGCCACAAAGGUCAAAGAUUACUUGUAGGGUUGCAAAAAUGUGGGUAUUUCAAAGAUGGAAGCUUUCUGUGGGAGUUAACAGGAAUAAAUCUGAAAUUUACAAAAUUGAAGGUCGGCGCUCAACAGGGGACUUGAAUAUAAUUGGUAUAAUUAAAUUACCCCAAAUGUCCAAUUAAUUCCCAUGGAAAGUUUCUGGAAAUUUACCGUAAAUUUUCCAACCCUAGUUAUUUGGGGUUACUGUUAGAAGACAAACAUUUUUCAACAACAGAAACAAACAGAUUGUUUUUAUCCUCCGAGGCGGUGGAGAGGCUGGUCCAGGGUGCGGACUCCGGCUGCCCGUCGGAGAAAGAGCGUCAGAUCAUCCUGAACUGCACCCGCCUGCUCACCCGCAUCCUGCCGUACAUCUUCGAGGACGCCGACUGGAGAGGGUUCUUCUGGUCCACGGUGCCGGGAGCCGGCAGAGCUGGGGUACGUCAGUCAGCAUCUGUUCACCUUAGCUCUAGAAAGUUAAAUGACACAGUGGUUGGAUGUCGGCUGUGUGUCCGGUUUAACUGUUAUUUAACCUCUCAGCUGAUGGCGAGUUGAAUCAGUCCUCAGUUAGAGACAGGUGAGACUGUUCCUGCUGCUGUUGAUGCUGCAGAGGCCAGUCCUCCCCCAUCCUCCUCCCCUCUCCUGGAGGCAGCUGCUUCUCUGGUUACCUGGUCGGCUGGGUGCAAACACUGCCCAUAUUGUGUCCCCCCUCCUCUCUGUGGUCAGCGGUUGAAUUAAGGAGGGAUUGAAUGUCCCUUAAUUAAAGUGUGGGGCCGAGGUAAAACUCCAAGCUGCUCCAGUUCGAAUGUUUAUGUGAAUCCGGUCUGAAAAAUACUCUGUCUGAGUCCAUCAGGAGAACGGAGAGCACUCAGUGUAAAUAACAUGACCUCUUUAUUUUGGGAUUUACUCCUGAAAUCAGAUUUUUACCUCAUUAAAACAACAGAAAAAGUCCAAAUUAAAACCUCUAAUCUGAUGUUUCUGUUUUUUCCUGCAGCGUAUGGAUGAAGACGGCUCCAGUGAUGAAGCUCGACCCCUCGCUGAAUCUCUGCUCCUAGCUGUCGCUGACCUGCUCUUCUGCCCAAACUUCACCGCUCAGAGCCACAAGAAGAACAACUCGGUGAGUCCACAGACCGCUGAGUUUCCCCUGAGAGGCUGAUUUAAGCCAGAAAUGAAAGACUGACCUCAGACUUGAACUCCUACCUUUCAGCUCCUCAGUAAACAUGAAACUCACGUCAAUAAUCUCAUUUAUUAUUAACAAAAAUUAUUAUUAACAAGCUUCCUCACAGAUUUGGCCUGUUCAUUUAGGAUUACUUUAAACAAAUCCACCUUUAACCUCAGCAGCUUCAGCCCUGAAGCUACGACAGUUAAAAAAAAAAGCAGCUCUGUGUUAUUUAUCCCUGUUAGCGCUCCUGUCUCCUUCACAUAAUCUUGUCAGGCAGUAGCUGAAGUUAAUGAGUUACUCAGCAGGAGACGUAGAGGGAGGGAGGAGCGGCUUUGUUUAUCUACAGGGCUGAGAAGAACAGGGCGGACUCUUCUAAACCGGGCUGAGCAAACACGGUCUGUGAGGCUGCAGGUGAAAAAAGCCGUCAGAGCUGCUCGAUCGAAGUGUGUGAGUCGGUGGAGCGUGUGUGAAAUUAUGCAGCAGAAGGUGGAAAAUGACCUGCAGGGUUGUUGGUUCAUACCUGCGUCUGUGACCUGUGAUGCACGCAUGAAGAGUCAGUCAGAGAGGAGUUUUGGAGGUCAUACACGUUUUAACUACAGCUAGGGCUGGGCGAUAUAAAACAUGGUCGAUAUGAUAGACUGCAUUCUGUCAUGUUUUGGUCGACUAUACGAAUAGCCAAUGAAAAAGGGGAGUUGCUCUGGGUCCACUUCGCGCUGAACCAAUCAUGUUCUGAAUUAGAACCAAGUAUCAAACAACUGCAUCGUAGCAGACAGCAGCUCCACCCAACCAUAGCACUUUAACAGGUGAAGCCGACAGCACUGUUGGUGAGAAACAAAGAAAAUGAGUGCUACCCCCGACAGAAAUGACCAUGAAGGCUCAACAGAUGAUGACAUCGUCAACAACACUGGCACGAAAACAUCGGUGGUGUGGAGCAGUGGCGGCUGCUGGUCUUUCAUGGAGGGGAAACUCAUUUUUCUGGCCUACAUCAUAAUUGUGUUUGUUUAUUAGUAUGUAACAGAACAGAGUCGCCAAACACAACGGCAGUCGUUUUUAACAAAGACAAAAGUCGCUGAGGAUCGGUAAAGUCUCCGGAGCAGUUAAGAACAACGGAAUGAAUAACUUGGAAAAUGCUCUGGUAGAUGUUUUAUUCUUAAAGAUCGCUGAUUCGCUUGUUUAGCUGUCAAUCAAAAAAGGAUUUCGCCUCAGACAGCUCAUCCAAUCAUGGAUGCAGAAUCUCGGAGUCCGGGAGACAGUCGGGACCGCCCUCUCGCCAUAGAACUCCAGUGAAGCUGAGCUUCCGAUGGGCGGGACAAAGCCCAGCAUUUAUCCAAUGAGCGUCUAGUUUCGCUGCUGGAACAACCCACUUUGAGCUUCCACAUUGAAGUCAGCAGAAGCCCAGCGUCCGGCUGUUUCAAGCGCUGAGGCGCUGCGAGGAUGAAUGAGAACGAAGUUAUGCCGGUUACCUGUGAUUAUCAGCUUCUUAUCACAGUGUCUGAACAAAAGUUGAAGGCUUUCUAGUGCGUAUUUAGUUAAUGAAAUGUACACACAGCUGUACGUAUUUCACCACUUUUUCUUUUUUUGGGGGGGUGACAUUUUAAGGGAAGCCGAGCUUCCCUUGCAGUCUUAGAGCAAUCGCCACUGGUGUGGAGGUAUUUUGGUUUUUGGAGGUCGGACAUGAAGCAGAGUAAUGUGGACUGUAAAUUAUGUCGAGUUCAUGUUCUCGCAAAGUCGGGGAAUACCUCAAAUCUUUUUCACCACCUGAAGCAGUAGAAGAACAGACGACCAUUCAGUCGGCUUUCUCUAGAGCAAGGCCUUACGACAAAACGUCAAAGAGACACAAAGACCUCACAGAUGCAGGAGAUUAUUGUACUGCAAAAGACAUGUGACCAAUAAACACUGUUAAAUUUCAUUUUUUAUAUUGUGAUAUUUAUCGAUAUCGACUAUCGCCCAGCCCUAGCUGCAGCCUCAUGAACUGCCAAUAAUCAGAACCAGAAUCGGCUCUGAAGGCCCGGUGUCAGUGGGCCCCUGGUGUCCUGGCCUGCUGCCCUUUGCUGUCAGUUCCCUGAUGAGGAACAAAAGCAGCACCUUGUUAUGAUCUAUUCCUAAAGCUGCCGUUAUCGGUGCCGAGGUGUCCCACACAGCGCUGUCAGCGGAGGACUCUCCUGAUGAAUCACAUGGUGUAGUAGGUGUGAACACAGUCACAGACCUCCUCUACACUGUGGGAGGAAAACGAGGGACAGAGUGAACCGCCACCAGCUCUCUGAGGUAGGCCUGAGAUACACUGCAUGUAGACUCUGCAUGUGCUGUGCAGCGAUCCACUAAUCACAUUCGUGCUUUACUCAGUUGCCAAUCAGACUACCCUGCCAGCCGUCAAUCAAAAACAGAGAGAAGGAAACCACGGCCCUGCACAUGGAGUGAGUCGCUGGCGCUGCCGGUGUUGUGCCGAGAAACGCGUAUCCGCCUAGAGUUACUUUCCGAACAUUACUCAUGACUGCUUAGCCCAACAAAUAAGAAUUGUUUGGGUUUAAAACUGGACAUUUCCAGGCACUACUCGACUAUAAGCGGUGCGCGUUUCCGGGAGGUGGAUGCAAUUCUUGGCGGGCAUGUGUUUCUCGGCACAUAACCGGUAACAACAACAACAACGAUCGCAAAAUGAUCAACGAACAAGAGAAAACCACCGAAAAUAAAGACUUGUUGAUGUAAAGAAAAGAAACGUCACAUACCGCUGAAGAUGAAUACUUGUUGACAAAAAGAAAAGCAAUGUCAGUUUUCCGGAAUUGUUUGGUUUACAAGAAGGAUGGGGUCACCAAACACCUGUUCUGUGUCGGCAGUGCCUUUCAUCUGUUGCCACAGUAACGUCCAGAACAAUAAAAGCUCAAAAUCUCUCUAAGACAGACAAACAAAGAGGUAAGAUCAGAGCAGGUUAACUGUCCUCAAGAUUUUAGCAGGAAGUGAUUUUCAGGUCAUCUGGUGAAAAUUCCUCUAUUUUUUAAUAUCUCAGGGUUGAAAAAAAUCGCGAUGUUAUUUUUUUCCAACAUCGUGCAGCCCUUCUCUGAAGUGAAACCGCUCUCAUCUGCUCCCUGCAGGACAUUUCUGAGGACAUUCGCUCCAUCGACAGCUGCGAGUACAUCUGGGAGGCCGGGGUCGGCUUCGCUCAGUCUCCUCCUCUGAACUUCAACCAUGACCUCAACAGGUAACCGUCAGACUUCCCUCACACCUGUGACCGACAGAGUUUAGACUCUUCAGGAUUCACGUUAACUCUUUAUUACCGCCUCACCUUCACCCGGUGUUCUUGCUGAUGUCCUUCUUAAUUGUAUUUUAGACGUCCAGUCCUGGAUGGCAGACAACUUUUUGCAGCUAAAUCAGGACAAAAUUUAGGUUUUAGUUAUCGGAACACAUCCAUGUAGAGAGAAACUAGAGCGAAAACUCCGAGCCCUAGCUUUUAAUCCAUGUAAAGAAGUUAAAAUUUGGGUUUUACAUUUGAUUCAAACCUUAGAAUUGACUACUGCAAUGCGCUCCUCUCCGGUCCUCCUAAAAAGAACAUUUCACAGUUUCAGCUCCUGCAAAAAGAAGAGAUUCCACAUCACGCCAAUUUUAAAAUCUCUGCAUUGGUUACCUGUGUCUUUUAGAGUAGAUUUUAAGGUUCUUUAUUACCUUUUAAAGCUCUUAAUGGUCUUGGUCCUUCUUAUUUGUCUGAUUUGCUUUUACCGUAUGAACCUGGUAGAGCCCUCAGGUCUUUUAAUUGUUCCCAAAGUAAAAACUAAAACAUUCGAUGAAUCACGGUUCCAACAUUAGAGUCCCCAUCUAUGGAACAGCCUACCUGCAGACCCGAGAGCGACACCUACUGUUCAUAUUUUUAAAAGUGAACUAAAGACCAACGUUUUAAGUCUGGCUUUUAGUUGAAUUUUGUUUUAAUCUUUAAAUCUGCAUAACGUGAUUUUACCCGAUUUUAGUCCUAGAGUAACUAUUUUCAGUUUUAUUACCUCUUUUUUGAUUUACUUUAUGUUAUUGUUUAAUUUUAAGACUGUUUUAUUUAAUUAACUUUUAACACCUUUAUUAUAUUUGAUCAUGGUUUUAUCGUCCUCACCUGGUCUUUUGUGUGUCUGAGUGCUGUGUGUGUGUUUAAUGUGGGUUGGGAGGGUGGAUGCGGUUUGGUAUUUGUAUUUUUAUUUAUUUUAUUUUAUUUUAUUGUUUUUUUAUAUCCUGCAUGAAUGGACGUCACUUUGUGCUACGUUCUAUGUAUAAAAAGUGCUUUAAAAAUAAAGGUUAAUUGAUUGAUUGAUUGAUUGAUUGAUUGUUCUCAUCCAGGACGGAGCUCCUGAAGCUGCUGCUCACCUGUUUCUCCGAGGCCAUGUACCUCCCCCCGUGCUCGGACAGGAAGAACCUCAACCCCUGGGUCUCUUUCUUCUGCUCCACUGAAAACAGGUCACACAAAAACAACGACGUAAUCCCAGUUUCCUGUGAAGACGCUUGAUUCUGUCUGAAGAACAUCGUUUCACUCGUUUGUUUAAAGUAAAAAAAAGGGUCUUUCUCUCAACGAAGACCACCAAAGUCCAGUUCAGGAGGACUAAGAAACCCUGAAUUAUCUUCGGACUGACCUCUGACCUUCUCUCACUCAGACACGCUCUGCCUCUGUUCACCUCGCUGCUCAACGUGGUGUGCGCGUACGACCCCGUGGGCUACGGCAUCCCCUACAACCACCUGCUGUUCUCCGAUUACCGGGAGCAGCUGGUGGAGCAGGCCGUCCAGAUCCUCAUCGUCACCCUGGAGCAUGACGCCGGGUCGGCCGCCAGCGCCGCCCUCAAGGCCCUGGAGACCGGCCCGCCGUCCUCAGGCGUGGAGGAAGUGGAGGUAAAGAGAGACGAAUGAGUUCAUACUUGAGAAGUCCAACAGUGAUAAAGAGGUUCCAGAUUUUAAAGCAUCUCUUGACCCUUUUCAGCCUCCAGGACCCGAUAACCUGUUUGUGAACUAUCUCUCCAGGAUUCACCGAGAGGAGGUACGUCGAGAUUUCACAUCACAAUGAGGUGAUUUUUUUUUUCAGGAGGUGAGAGUGUUCUUCUCUUCCAGGACCUGAGCUUCAUCCUCAAAGGUCUGGCCAGGCUGCUCAACAACCCUCUGAUCCAGACCUACCUGCCCCGUUCAACCAAGAAGAUCCAGUUCCACCAGGAGCUGCUGAUCCUCUUCUGGAAGUUCUGCGACUUCAACAAGGUGAAGACGAGACUGAAGGCUUUAUCUUCUUUUGACAUUUUUGAAGAAACUAAACUGUGCGUAAAGAAAAUCCAGUUUAUCAGUCCAAGUUUCUGAACCUUCUUCUUCUGUUGAAAUAGAGGAAUUAAAAAAAACAAACGUGACUGUGUUUUAGAAAUUCCUGUUCUUCGUGCUGAAAAGCAGCGACGUGUUGGACAUGCUGGUUCCCAUCCUCUUCAACCUGAACGAAGCCAGAGCAGAUCAGAGUGAGUCUUCCUUUCUUUUCUUCUUCUCCGUGUUUGUUCAAGAGUUAAAUAAAACGUCGUGUAUGUGUAUUAUUGCGGCUUGAGGCAGAGGAUAGGUCCUGUACACUUGUGUGACGCUCUGCUGCUGUUCCUGAGAAGUUCAUCGAAGUUUUCGGAGCUUUAAUAACAGAAAAUCGCUUCAACACUCGCCACUGAUUCACUCUGUGACGUGUAUCAUUGCAAACAAAGAACAUAGAGCGCAGUCAACAAAAAUUACGGCGACCCUCUCCGCCCCAGAGCAGGUAGGACCGCCCCUUAUAUAAACUACAGUGCCCAGCCAAUGGCAACCAGACAAAAGUAACUGAUCACAGGAUAACCGAUGAACAAAGCAACAUCAUGGCUCCUACAUGUAUUGUGAACAGUGUCGACCUGCACACUCUGAAAACGUGAUUUUUCUUAUCAGCCCGUGUCGGCCUCAUGCACAUCGGCGUGUUCAUCCUGCUGCUGCUGAGCGGAGAGAGGAACUUCGGGGUCCGUCUGAAUAAACCGUACACUCUGCGAGUCCCGAUGGAUAUUCCUGUUUUCACAGGGACCCACGCGGACCUGCUCAUCGUGGUAAGAGGUCAUGUGUCCUUAAAUAACGGUUUCUUCUUUUCUCAAGAGGCCGAACCGCAGAGCUUCACUCUAGACCCUCUCUUUCCUCUCCUCAUGUUCAGAUCUUCCACAAAAUCAUCACUGGUGGACACCAGCGUCUCCAGCCUCUGUUCGACUGUCUGCUCACCAUCAUAGUCAACAGUGAGUGUCACUCAGGAAAUGCUGCCCCCUGCUGGAUGAACAGCUGAACCAUAUUCUCGCUUUUAUUCCCUCCUCAGUCUCCCCGUAUCUGAAGAGCCUGUCCAUGGUGGCAGCCAACAAGCUGCUCCACCUGCUGGAGGCCUUCUCCACGCCCUGGUUCCUCUUCUCGUCCCCUCAGAACCACCACCUGGUCUUCUUCCUGCUGGAGGUCUUCAACAACGUCAUCCAGUAUCAGUUUGACGGUGAGGAAUAAGACGUGGACUGGAGUCUAGCACAUACAUGGAGAGAGCAGCCUUCACAGACCUUUACACCUCCUUCCUUCAGGUAACUUCAACCUGGUGUACGCCGUCAUCCGAAAGAGGAACGUCUUCCACCAGCUGGCCAACCUGCCGUCCGACACGGCGACGAUUCAGAAAGCUCUACAGAGGAAGAAGAAAACGGGGAUUUCCAGAACUAACUCCACAGAGACAGAGUCCAUGGAGGGGUCCAGGCCCGCGGCGCCGGCUGAGCCCGGAACCCUCAAAGCCAGUUUAGAGGCCACUCCAGGUGAGGAGCCCAGAAGAGUUUUGGGCGUUUUGAUAAAAAAAAUAACUCCUUGUGUUUCCUAAAGGUAUCGAUAAGAUAACCGAGAAGUCCCAGGUGAGUGAGGACGGUACGAUGGUGGCCGUCCCUCAUUCAGAGUCUCCACAGCCGACAGCCGCAUCCGGGGCGAGCGACACAGAGUCCAACUCAGGACGAGACCUGGAGGUACAAAACCAGAGCUUGAUACCCCUCUGUUACUGUUUAUUAGUCCUCAGUUAAAGGGAUAUUCCGGCGUAAAAUUAAUUCAGGGAUAGACCCACCGUUACACCGUGUUAGACCCCCCCUCCAGAGAUGAAUGUUGUCGACCGCUUGAUUCUUCUAGUUAUACCAACUUUAGUAACGACCGCAGGAUAGAAAUACAGAGAGCCACGCGCUCUCAUCCUGUUGAUGAAGUUAGGUGCUGUUCUGAGCAUUACUUGUGGCUAUAGAGUGGCGUUUUGGUUGAGCGUUUGGCUCUCUGUAUUACCAUCUGUGGUCGUUACUAAAGUUGGUCUAACUAGAGAAACAAGCGGUCGGCAACAUUCAUCUCUUGAGGGGGUGUCUAACUCGGUGUCACUAAACUAACAAAUUAAUUUUACGCCUGAAUAUCCCUUUAAGGAGAAUCUCCUGCUCUCAUUUCAGGUCUACCACUCAGCAGCAGCGAGGAGUCGGUUGUCCAGUGUGUCGUCAUCGGCAGCCUGGAACCCUAAUCCAGACUGGGUCAGGAACAGUUUUUCCUUUCGUUAUCCUAAACCUCUCUGUGUUCGGUGUUCGCUCUCUGUCUUCAUACCCUCUCUGUGCUCUCAGGUGUUGUCGUGGAAGUCGAAGCUUCCCCUUCAGACCAUCAUGAGGCUGUUACAGGUGCUGGUCCCUCAGGUGGAGAAGAUUUGCAUUGACAAGUAAGAAAUGACAGAACUUGUGAUAAUAUCUGAAAUGGUGAUCGGUGAAGUUUUAUCACAUCGAGGUUCGUUUUUAUCCUCAGAGGUUUGACGGACGAGUCAGAAAUCCUCAAGUUUCUUCAGCACGGCACGCUGGUCGGCCUCCUGCCUGUCCCACAUCCCAUCCUCAUCAGGAAGUACCAGGCCAACGCCGGCACCGCCAUGUGGUUCCGCACAUACAUGUGGGGAGUCAUCUACCUACGGUAAAACACUCGAUCAGGAGCUUGAUUCGUGUUUUUUAUCUGAGACACAAAAGACUUAAAACGAAACUUAAGACUCGUGAGUGAAGUGAGCUCUCAGCCCGUCACAGCUGCAGCUUUAACGUGUUUUCUUCUCUGACUGCAGCAACGUGGAUCCUCCGAUCUGGUACGACACGGACAUCAGACUCUUUGAGAUCCAGAGGAUUUAA